UUUCUAUUAACUUUGAUCUUUUCAAAUUGAAUGAUAAAACAGAUUAUUAAAAGAAGAAUGACUACUCAAGUGAGAGAAUACGACAACUUUUCAAUUCAUGGUAAUUCUAUUAAAGAGGUAUAUGAUGUUCCAAUGUCUGUUAUCAAUCGACCUAUUCCUUCUCUAUUAGAUAGAGAGAAAGUAGAGUUAAUGAAAGAAGUAUUAAAGAACCCAGAAACAGAAAAGGAAUUGACACCUAUUGAUGUUCAUCAUGUCACUUAUAAAGGUCAAGAUUAUUAUUUUGCCUUUGGCGGAUGUCAUCGUUGGGCAGCGAAUAAAGAAUUAGGAAGAGAAACGAUUAGAGCAAAAUUAAUUGAUACACCACCUAGUAUUAUUACAACUUAUUUGGGUUCAUCUUCACCCUUCAAAAACUAAUAAUAAUCUUUGUAUAUAUGCGUAUAUUAAUUAUUACUUGAAAAAAACAAAAACAAAAAACAAAUUGUAAAUAAAUAAAUAAAUAAAUAUAUUUAUUAUAUAAA